ACAUGAGAUGUCCCUUUAGCCUAUUAUUUAUAUUUAGAAAUGUAUGUACAAUAAGGUUUAGUUAACAAGUAAAAAUAGGAAAUAAUGACUAUUUGAGUCAGACUGAAGCGGACUAAGGACGGGAUUGGUGAAUGUGGUGGUGGGAGAAGUUCAGAGGUCAUGUUUGUGUUGUCUUUGUUGGGAACUCGGUCAGAUCUCACAUCACUCUUCCCUCUUCCCCGAGUCCUUUUUAAACUCUCCCCCGGGUCUCUACCCUCCCGAACCUCUCCCCUUUACCCUUACAACCCCAUCCCUCCCCCUGGUUCCUGUCCGCACAGAUAUCAGAACCAAGUUGGUGAUCAAACAUCAGGCUGCAGGCACUCAGCUACAUCACAGUUGCAGUCAUGGACUCCGGUGUGAUUGAAAGUGGACUUAAUGUUACCCUGACCAUAAGACUUCUCAUGCAUGGGAAGGAAGUGGGGAGCAUAAUUGGAAAGAAAGGGGAAACUGUGAAGAAGAUGAGAGAAGAGAGUGGAGCUCGUAUCAAUAUAUCAGAGGGCAAUUGUCCUGAGAGGAUUACGACACUGGUAGGCCCAACAACAGCCAUUUUCAAAGCCUUCUCAAUGAUUAUUGAAAAGCUUGAAGAGGAUAUAAGUAGCUCAAUGACAAAUAGCACAGCCACAACCAAACCACCUGUAACACUGCGCAUUGUGGUCCCUGCCAGCCAGUGUGGUUCUCUAAUAGGUAAAGGAGGCUGCAAGAUAAAGGAGAUACGAGAGUCAACUGGAGCUCAGGUACAAGUUGCAGGGGACAUGCUUCCUAACUCCACAGAGCGCGCCAUCACAAUAGCUGGCACACCCCAGUCUAUAAUUGAGUGCGUGAAGCAGAUCUGUGUGGUCAUGCUUGAGUCUCCACCAAAGGGGGUUACCAUUCCUUACCGACCAAAGCUUUCAGGAUCCCCAGUCAUCUUUGCGGGUGGACAGGCAUAUGCUGUACAAGGACAACACGCAAUUCCACAGCCAGAUUCUUCCUCUGCUGCUAUCUCUCCACAGCUCACCAAGCUUCAUCAACUUGCUAUGCAGCAAAAUCCAUUCCCCAUUGCAACAAACACUACGGGAUUUACUGGAAUAGAUGCUUCUUCUCAAAACACCACCCAUGAGAUGACCAUUCCAAAUGACCUCAUUGGAUGCAUUAUUGGUCGUCAAGGCGCUAAAAUCAAUGAAAUUCGGCAAACAUCAGGUGCACAGAUUAAGAUUGCAAAUCCAGUGGAUGGCUCAACUGACCGUCAGGUCACCAUCACUGGCAUCCCAGCGAGCAUAAGUCUGGCAAAGUACCUCAUUAAUGCCAGUGUAGAGUCCUCUAAACCUCCUCCCUCCUCCUCCUCCUCCUUGAACCCUGAACAGACCACCUCUGCUACUACUACCACCACCACCACUACUACCACCACCUCCUCCUCUGCUGCUAGCUCCACCUUGUCCUCUUCCUCCUGUGUGGUGCCCCCUUCAGCCUCCAUACCUCUAUCCUCCUCUUCCUCCACUGACUCCCUGCUUCCCAGCUCUCCUGCCUGUGUGUCAAGUCUCCUCAGUCUCAAGCCCCUUCCUCUCCUGGCCCUCCAUGUUGUCAGCGGCAACAGUAACCCCACACACCCCACUCCCCCUGAACCCAAAAUGGCCCCUGAGCUGAGUUCUAAGUCCAAAAGGCGAAGGCUGUCCCCUUAUUAAUGAUGGAAGCAUUGGUCAUCUACUAUAAUACUGACAGUGCUUUUUGUUGUCUGCACCAGCUCUGGCUUAAGUUACAGGCUGUGCCAUGCCAUGCAUACUACCACACAAUGCACACUAGCCUCACUCAGCCAUAGCAGUUGAUGCCGCAUUAAAUUAGAUGUAGCUUAACCUGGCCUGUAUUUAAUCUGUAUACAUUUUUCAGUUACACGUUUAGUUUGCAUGGUUAAAAUGAUUUGUUUUACUAAAUUUGGCAUUUAUAUUUGUGCAGCUCUGCUCAGGUAGCGGCUCUUUUAAGGUGUCGUUAUAUUUUUGUGAGAGGGGAAAAUCAUAGGUGUCACAUUAACAAAACCAUUAUUCUAUGUUGCUAAUUAAAAUUUUGUCGUAAACUGCCCUCAGGUACCAAAGCACCAAUCAUUUUGACAAAAAAAAACAAUGAUUCAGUUCUUGUGCUUAUCACCAUUUUUAUUUUAUGUACAAAACAAGUAUCUAAAGCUUAAUUAACACAUAGCUCUCUUAUUGCCUAGUUAGGUAGUCUCUCUUUGUAUUUCAUUGCAUGCCCCAGUGUAUAUCAGACAAGUCUUCAACUGGUUUACAAUUGUUUGGAAGAGUUUAGAAUUUUUAUAGAAUGGCAGUUGUUGUAUAGUAAUAGUAUUUGACAUUGAUAAUGUCUAUCUGAUUGCAUGCCUUAUUCUCUCCCUCCU